AUGCCAUACUUUAUCAUAUUCCUUGAGUUUGAGUGGGAUGGCUUCAUCGUGGUUGAGACGACAGGUCCCAUAACCUUCGCCGACUACAUGCACACGUGCCUCUCACACCCGCAACUUGGGUACUACAUGAACCCUGCACAUCACGUCAUUGGUUCAAAGGGGGACUUCAUCACUAGUCCCGAAAUCAGUCAAGUAUUUGGCGAACUCCUGGCAGUAUGGCUAUUGUCGCAAUGGUUGACUUCGGGAAUGUCAAGAGAAGUCCGACUCGUGGAACUCGGUCCUGGUCGCGGAACGCUCAUGCACGAUGUACUACGAGUAUUCUCACAAUUCCCGCAGGCACGGAAUGCAGUCAAAGACGUCCACCUUGUUGAGACGAGUCGGGCGAUGCGCACCAAGCAAGAGUCGAAACUGACCAAUAUCACUCAGAAAAACGGAUGGCGGCUGCAUUGGCAUGACGAGCUAAUCGAGAUCAAGCCCGAUGCCAAUAAAUUCACACUUCUAGUCGCGCACGAGUUUUUCGACGCCCUCCCCUUUCGUUUGUUCCAGAAAAGCGAGCGUGAUUGGCGCGAGGUGCUCAUCGAUGUAGGCCCUGACCCCUCGGAGCCCGUCAUUUUGAGACCAGGUGACAACACCAGCAAGCCCACGUUGGAUUUCUCUCCAUUGACUCAGCAACCGCGGUUACGCCAAGUCGUAUCGCAUCCAUUGCUCGAAGCUUCUGUAUUGUGCAACUCUUCGACACGCUUUCCCAAAUUACCGAUUGGGUCGCGGAUAGAAGUUUCACCUGCGUCUUUCAGCGUCGCACGUAGAAUCGGAGAGCUCCUGCACGUAAACGGUCUUAAUAGCGCUUGGGACAGUACUGCUGGAAGUGCACUCAUCGUCGACUACGGCGAUGACAAGGUUUACGGGAAUUCCUUCCGUGCAUUCAGAAAUCAUAAGCUCGCCGACGUCUUCCAUCGCCCGGGUGAAUGCGACUUGACCGUUAACGUCGACUUUGCGUAUCUCAGAGAGGCCACCGAAGAUCUCGUGUCAUCGCACGGCCCAAUCACGCAAUCGGCUUUCCUCGAGCGCAUGGGUAUCAAGCAGCGCGUCGCCGCCCUCGCGGCAUCCACGCAAGACGACAAACGCCGGAACGACAUCGAGAAUGCCGCGAAGCGGCUCGUCGACCCGACGGGCAUGGGCACCCAGUACAAGGUCAUGGCUCUCACCGGGAAGCCGCUCGGGCGCAUGGACGACGCAGAGCGGUGGCCGUUCCUCGACCUCGACCCCCCUGCGGCCUCGUCUGCGGCGGCGGCGGCGGCAAGCCAACCGCGCGGCGGAGGCGCAAGUGCGGCGACGGUGCGGCUGUAG